CGCGAGACUGGAGUUCUCGAAAACAAUGAACCCUGACGCGGCGGUGAGCAAGCAGCUUGCUUUUCGAGUUGUCUGUGCGUUGAUUUGCAGCGAAAGACAGAAACCGAAAAAGAAAAAUAAACGAAUAUGGAAGAGAGAAUUUCCGGGACGUCGCGAGCAGCCUGGGUUGUCUGUUCUGCAGAGAGAGUUGGAGAUGACUGAUGAGAAUGGGUUCGGGGAGCUGCUGCGGAUGACAGCAGAAGAGUUUGAGUUUCUGCUGCGGAUGGUCGGGCCCCUCAUUACCAAACAGCACACAAAAAUGAGACGGGCGAUAUCCCCAAGAGAUCGCCUCUCUGUGACCUUGCGGUUUUUGGCAACAGGCAAAACGUUCAGUUCCCUCAGUGCCCAGUACAGGAUUGGGGCCAGCACUAUUUCACAGAUAGUUAUGGAGACCUGUGGCGCUCUGUACCAGCUUAUGAAAAAAGACUUCCUGAAGACACCAUCAACAGAGACAGAAUGGCGGGCAAUAGCCCAGGACUUUGAAUCGAAAUGGCAAUUUCCACAUUGCCUAGGUGCGCUUGGUGGAAAACAGAUUUAUAUACAGCCUCCAGUAAAAAGUGGCUGCCUUGACCAUAAUAACAAGGGCCGAUUAUAUGUGACAAUAAUGGCUGCUGUGGAUGCAAAUUACAAGUUCAUCUGUGCCAGUUUGGAAACCCAAGAUAAGGUCUCUGAUGCUGGACUAUUCGCUCAUUCCGACUUGUGUAAAGCGAUGGAUCAGGGUCUGCUGAAUUUUCCUCCACCUGAACCAUUGCCCAACAGUGACAUAACAAUGCCGUACAUGUUUGUGGGUGAUGAGGCGCAUCCUUUAAGGCCUGAUCUCAUGAAGUCAUACCCAAAUAAACAGAUGGACCACAGUCAGGGGGUACUGAACUAUCGUCUUUCAAGGGCACGUAGAGUUGCAGAAAAUGCAUUCAGCAUUCUAGCAAACAGGUUAAGGGUUUUCAGGAGCACCAUAUUCUUGGAGGCAGACAAAGUGGAGAAGAUCACUAUGGCUGCUCUAUGCAUCCAUAACUUCCUCCGCGAGCGCAGGUCCGAGGCAUAUACUCCUCCAGCAUUUGCAGAUUUGAAGAAUGGGGACCACAGCAUAGUUGAGGGAACCUGGAGGAAUCGAGGGCAUGGGACUUGCCAGCCGCUCGAGCAAAGAGAGGAGCACAAUGCAUUAGCUGUGGCAGAAAUGCAACGAAACCUUCUGCGUGACUAUUUUGUCUCGCCGGCAGGUUGCAUUCCUUCACAAGAGGAACACAUUUAGUAUUGUAGGACUAGUAUUUUUGUAGUGGAGAACACUCAGAUGUCAAAUGUAUUUUAUAGCACUCUUCACAAUACGUUCACAAUCGUUUCAAAACAAAGCAGUGUGAGG